CAACAGGAUAAUAGUAAAACAGAGGCGAGACCAGCAAGUGUCGCAAGCGUUGCUCAGUCAGAUAAUACCAAAGCGGCCGAAACGCAAAAAUCAAAUGGAGCCCAAGCUACACUGAUUCAUCCGUCAAGCAACAAUCCUUCUGAAUCACAGCGGACAAGAGCAUCAUUAUUGGGAGAAGACCACUAUGCAAGCGUUGCUCGAUCGGGUAAGGGCACUCCAGCCGAAACGCAAAAAUCAAAUGGAGCCCAAGCUACACUGAAUCAUCCGUCAAGCAACAAUCCUUCUGAAUCACAGUGGAUAAGAGCAUCAUUAAUGGGAGAAGAUCACUAUGCAAGCGUUGCUCGAUCGGGUAAGGGCACUCCAGCCGAAAUGUCGGGAAUGAAUUUCGCUCCAGUGGCUACAUUGUACCAUCCGCAAAGCAACAAUCCUUCUGACCUAGAGUGGACAAGAGCAUCAUUAAUGGGAGAAGACCACUAUGCAAGCGUUUCUCGAUCGGGUAAGGACACUCCAGCCGAAACGCAAAAAUCAAAUGGAGCCCAAGCUACACUGAAUCAUCCGUCAAGCAACAAUCCUUCUGAAUCACAGUGGAUAAGAGCAUCAUUAUUGGGAGAAGACCACUAUGCAAGCGUUUCUCGAUCGGGUAAGGGCACUCCAGCCGAAAUGUCGGGAAUAAAUUUCGCUCCAGGGGUUGCAGAGGCGAAACCAGCAAGUGUCGCAAGCGUUGCUCGGUCAGAUAAUACCAAAGCGGCACAAACGCAAAAAUCAAAUGGAGCCCAAGCUACACUGAAUCAUCCGUCAAGCAACAAUCCUUCUGAAUCACAGUGGAUAAGAGCAUCAUUAUUGGGAGAAGACCACUAUGCAAGCGUUUCUCGAUCGGGUAAGGACACUCCAGCCGAAACGCAAAAAUCAAAUGGAGCCCAAGCUACACUGAAUCAUCCGUCAAGCAACAAUCCUUCUGAAUCACAGUGGAUAAGAGCAUCAUUAUUGGGAGAAGACCACUAUGCAAGCGUUUCUCGAUCGGGUAAGGACACUCCAGCUGAAACGCAAAAAUCAAAUGGAGCCCAAGCUACACUGAAUCAUCCGUCAAGCAACAAUCCUUCUGAAUCACAGUGGAUAAGAGCAUCAUUAUUGGGAGAAGACCACUAUGCAAGCGUUUCUCGAUCGGGUAAGGACACUCCAGCUGAAACGCAAAAAUCAAAUGGAGCCCAAGCUACACUGAAUCAUCCGUCAAGCAACAAUCCUUCUGAAUCACAGUGGAUAAGAGCAUCAUUAUUGGGAGAAGACCACUAUGCAAGCGUUUCUCGAUCGGGUAAGGACACUCCAGCCGAAACGCAAAAAUCAAAUGGAGCCCAAGCUACACUGAAUCAUCCGUCAAGCAACAAUCCUUCUGAAUCACAGUGGAUAAGAGCAUCAUUAUUGGGAGAAGACCACUAUGCAAGCGUUUCUCGAUCGGGUAAGGGCACUCCAGCCGAAAUGUCGGGAAUAAAUUUCGCUCCAGGGGUUACAGAGGCGAAACCAGCAAGUGUCGCAAGCGUUGCUCGGUCAGAUAAUACCAAAGCGGCACAAACGCAAAAAUCAAAUGGAGCCCAAGCUACACUGAAUCAUCCGUCAAGCAACAAUCCUUCUGAAUCACAGUGGAUAAGAGCAUCAUUAUUGGGAGAAGACCACUAUGCAAGCGUUUCUCGAUCGGGUAAGGACACUCCAGCUGAAACGCAAAAAUCAAAUGGAGCCCAAGCUACACUGAAUCAUCCGUCAAGCAACAAUCCUUCUGAAUCACAGUGGAUAAGAGCAUCAUUAUUGGGAGAAGACCACUAUGCAAGCGUUUCUCGAUCGGGUAAGGACACUCCAGCUGAAACGCAAAAAUCAAAUGGAGCCCAAGCUACACUGAAUCAUCCGUCAAGCAACAAUCCUUCUGAAUCACAGUGGAUAAGAGCAUCAUUAUUGGGAGAAGACCACUAUGCAAGCGUUUCUCGAUCGGGUAAGGACACUCCAGCCGAAACGCAAAAAUCAAAUGGAGCCCAAGCUACACUGAAUCAUCCGUCAAGCAACAAUCCUUCUGAAUCACAGUGGAUAAGAGCAUCAUUAUUGGGAGAAGACCACUAUGCAAGCGUUUCUCGAUCGGGUAAGGACACUCCAGCCGAAACGCAAAAAUCAAAUGGAGCCCAAGCUACACUGAAUCAUCCGUCAAGCAACAAUCCUUCUGAAUCACAGUGGAUAAGAGCAUCAUUAUUGGGAGAAGACCACUAUGCAAGCGUUUCUCGAUCGGGUAAGGGCACUCCAGCCGAAAUGUCGGGAAUAAAUUUCGCUCCAGGGGUUGCAGAGGCGAAACCAGCAAGUGUCGCAAGCGUUGCUCGGUCAGAUAAUACCAAAGCGGCACAAACGCAAAAAUCAAAUGGAGCCCAAGCUACACUGAAUCAUCCGUCAAGCAACAAUCCUUCUGAAUCACAGUGGAUAAGAGCAUCAUUAUUGGGAGAAGACCACUAUGCAAGCGUUUCUCGAUCGGGUAAGGACACUCCAGCCGAAACGCAAAAAUCAAGUGGAGCCCAAGCUACACUGAAUCAUCCGUCAAGCAACAAUCCUUCUGAAUCACAGCGGACAAGAGCAUCAUUAAUGGGAGAAGACCACUAUGCAAGCGUUUCUCGAUCGGGUAAGGGCACUCCAGCCGAAAUGUCGGGAAUGAAUUUCGCUCCAGUGGCUACAUUGUACCAUCCGCAAAGCAACAAUCCUUCUGACCCAGAGUGGACAAGAGCAUCAUUAAUGGGAGAAGACCACUAUGCAAGCGUUUCUCGAUCGGGUAAGGACACUCCAGCCGAAACGCAAAAAUCAAAUGGAGCCCAAGCUACACUGAAUCAUCCGUCAAGCAACAAUCCUUCUGAAUCACAGUGGAUAAGAGCAUCAUUAUUGGGAGAAGACCACUAUGCAAGCGUUUCUCGAUCGGGUAAGGACACUCCAGCCGAAACGCAAAAAUCAAAUGGAGCCCAAGCUACACUGAAUCAUCCGUCAAGCAACAAUCCUUCUGAAUCACAGCGGACAAGAGCAUCAUUAAUGGGAGAAGAUCACUAUGCAAGCGUUGCUCGAUCGGGUAAGGGCACUCCAGCCGAAAUGUCGGGAAUGAAUUUCGCUCCAGGGGUUACAUUGUACCAUCCGCAAAGUAACAAUCCUUCUGAAUCACAGUGGAUAAGAGCAUCAUUAAUGGGAGAAGAUCACUAUGCAAGCGUUGCUCGAUCGGGUAAGGGCACUCCAGCCGAAAUGUCGGGAAUGAAUUUCGCUCCAGUGGCUACAUUGUACCAUCCGCAAAGCAACAAUCCUUCUGACCCAGAGUGGACAAGAGCAUCAUUAAUGGGAGAAGACCACUAUGCAAGCGUUGCUCGAUCGGGUAAGGGCACUCCAGCCGAAAUGUCGGGAAUAAAUUUCGCUCCAGUGGCUACAUUGUACCAUCCGCAAAGCAACAAUCCUUCUGACCCAGAGUGGACAAGAGCAUCAUUAAUGGGAGAAGACCACUAUGCAAGCGUUUCUCGAUCGGGUAAGGACACUCCAGCCGAAACGCAAAAAUCAAAUGGAGCCCAAGCUACACUGAAUCAUCCGUCAAGCAACAAUCCUUCUGAAUCACAGCGGACAAGAGCAUCAUUAAUGGGAGAAGACCACUAUGCAAGCGUUGCUCAAUCGGGUAAGGGCACUCCAGCCGAAAUGCCAAGGACAUAUCCAGGACCAACACAAACCAAUACUAGAGUUGUUUAUCCGCAAAACUAUAAUCCCUCUGCAGGGCAUUUAACAGCUGCAGCAGUAAUGCAAGAUGGCGUUGGGUAUAUCGGUCCAGCUGGAGCAAAACCUGAUAGUUCGAUUUGGGCUUCCUUCUUUCCACGGCAUGGUGAUGGUACGGGGAUGUAUGAUGCUAACACGAACGGGAAGCAGUCAGAUAGUGUGAAAUCAUAUUUUCAUCCGACAAAUAAACCCAUGCAAAAUUGUUACUGUCCUUAUCCAUUGAGGGCAAAGAAUAAACUAUGUUAUCAUAGGGUAACAUGCUUUCCAAAAACGACUCCUACUACAACGACUCCUACUACAACGACAACGACUCCUACCACAACGACAACGACUCCUACCACAACGACAACGACUCCUACAACAUCGACAACGACUCCUGAAACAACGACAACGACUCCUACAACAACGACAACGACUUCUACUAUAACGACAACGACUCCUACAACAACGACAACGACUCCUACAACAACGACAACGACUCCUACAACAACGACAACGACUCCCACAACAACGGCAACGACUCCUACAACAACGACCAAUACUUCUACAACGACACGCAGAACUGAUCGUACAACGUCUACUACUACCGAUAGAACUAGACCAACAACAUCUACCACUACUCGGCGAACGAUGCCCACCACUACUCGUACAAGGGACGACGCUUCUACCCCUUCAAAUAAAAUGACUAAAACUCCUUCUUCGAGUAAACGAAAGUGAGAGGGUUCCAUCAAGUCACGUGAGAUGAUUGUAACGCAUUGUUGAAAUAAAAGUGUAUGACACCUUAACGGCAAGAGUAGAUGUUGCCCAAGAUGAUAA